AUGGCUGACCACAUCCGCAAGACUUUCCAGCAGUGCAAGAAGGAGCAGAGGCCCGCUCUUGUCACCUAUGUGACGGCUGGCUACCCUACACCGCAGGAGGCUCCUGAUGUCCUGCUGGCUAUGGAAGCUGGUGGUGCCGAUGUCAUUGAACUCGGCAUGCCCUUCACCGACCCUAUUGCCGAUGGCCCUACUAUUCAAAAGGCCAACACCGUUGCUCUCAAGCAUGGAGUGAACACCUCGCAGGUUCUCCAGAUGGUUCGGGAUGCCAGAGCUCGCGGUCUUCGUGCUCCUGUCAUGCUUAUGGGUUACUACAACCCGCUUCUCAGCUACGGCGAGGAGAAGAUGCUCCAGGAUGCGAAGGAGGCUGGUGUGAAUGGCUUCAUUAUCGUCGACCUUCCUCCUGAGGAGGCCGUCCGCUUCCGCAACUUCUGCUCCAGCUACGGGCUCUCGUACAUUCCUCUCAUCGCCCCCGCCACCUCCGACGCCCGCAUGCGCGUGCUGUGCAAGAUUGCCGACUCAUUCAUCUACGUCGUCUCGCGUAUGGGCGUCACUGGCGCUACGGGAACCCUGAACGCUGCUCUUCCUGAACUUCUGGCUCGCGUUCACAAAUACUCUGGAAAUGUUCCUGCCGCCGUCGGUUUCGGUGUCAGCACAAGGGAUCACUUCGAGAGUGUUGGAAAACUCUCCGAGGGUGUUGUCAUUGGCUCCCAGAUCAUCAACGUUCUUGCUGCUGCUGCUCCCGGCGAGGGCGCAAAGAAGGUCCAGGAAUACUGCAGCUCUAUCACCGGUCGCUCGCCUGGUCAAAACAGUACCACUCGCGAGGUCGGCAUUGUCGAAGCUCUUGGAGAGGCGAGGGAGCCGGAGGGCGUCCAUGUCGACAAGGUUAUCAAGGACGGCGAUGUCCCCGACGGACCCGGGCUUGCUGAUCAGAUUGAGGCUCUCAACGUCGAAACCGCCUCGAAUCCCCACGCUCUUCCGGCAAGGUUUGGCGAAUUCGGCGGCCAGUAUGUUCCCGAAUCGCUCAUGGACUGUCUUGAGGAGCUGGAGAGGGGGUUCAACGAAGCGAAGAACGAUCCCAAAUUCUGGGAAGAAUACCGGUCCUACUACGACUGGAUGGGCCGUCCAGGCCACCUGCAUUUGGCUAAUCGGUUGACCGAGCACGCUGGAGGCGCCAAUAUCUGGUUGAAGCGGGAGGAUCUCAAUCAUACCGGAAGCCACAAGAUCAACAACGCGCUUGGCCAGAUUCUGGUGGCCCGCCGACUGGGCAAGACCGAGAUUAUUGCUGAGACCGGUGCCGGCCAGCACGGCGUUGCAACCGCGACUGUCUGCGCCAAAUUCAACAUGAAGUGUACUAUUUACAUGGGUGCAGAGGAUGUCAGGCGUCAGGCAUUGAACGUCUUCCGCAUCAAGCUUCUUGGCGCUCAGGUCGUCGCGGUCGAGGCUGGUGCCAGGACUCUCCGGGAUGCGGUCAACGAGGCUAUGCGCGCCUGGGUGGUCAACCUCUCUUCUACGCACUACAUCAUUGGCUCUGCCAUUGGCCCCCACCCCUUCCCUACCAUUGUUCGUACAUUCCAGUCCGUGAUCGGCAAUGAGACCAAGGAGCAGAUGAUGGAGCAGCGCGGCAAGCUCCCUGACGCCGUUGUCGCCUGCGUCGGUGGUGGUAGCAAUGCGGUUGGCAUGUUCUACCCGUUCGCCAAUGACCCCAGCGUCAAGCUCUUGGGUGUCGAGGCUGGUGGAGAUGGUGUGGAUACCGCCAGGCACAGUGCUACCCUGACCGGUGGUACCAAGGGUGUCUUGCACGGUGUUCGCACAUACAUCUUGCAGGACAAGCACGGCCAGGUCAGCGAAACCCAUUCCGUGUCCGCUGGUCUCGACUACCCCGGCGUUGGACCCGAGCUCUCGUCCUGGAAGGACUCUGAGAGGGCCAAGUUCAUCGCGGCUACGGACGCCGAGGCCUUCAUUGGCUUCCGCCUCAUUUCGCAGCUCGAGGGCAUCAUUCCCGCUCUCGAGUCGGCGCACGCCAUCUACGGAGCCAUUGAGCUGGCCAAGACGAUGGAGAAGGACCAGGACGUUGUCAUCUGCCUUAGUGGCCGUGGCGACAAGGACGUCCAGAGCGUCGCGGAGGAGCUGCCCAAGCUGGGUCCUCAGAUUGGCUGGGACCUGAGGUUCUAA